UUGAGCUCUAACAGAGAAUCUUUAAUUAUUUACUAUCAUAAUGACAAAACCAUGGUUUCCACCAAAACCAGUAGCUAGCUUCUUCAUGCCACUGGUUUUUACAAACCUUGUUACACACAAUCACUUCUCACUUUACGCUAUAUAAAACUAUCUUCACUCAAUUGCAUCUUCAAUCAAGUCAAAACAAAAUCAAUUAGCCAUACACUAUACAAGUAAGAUUUCAAAUUAUUUCAUGAUGAGUUCAACAAGAAGAAUUUGGACAGUUGCAGCCAGUGUUGGAGUUGUAGAAGCCUUGAAAGACCAAGGCUUGUGUAGAUGGAAUUAUGGAUUAAGAUCAGCUCAACAUCAUGUUAAAAAUCAUUUGAGAUCUUUGUCUCAAGCGAAGAAGGUUUCUUCUUCUAAUUCUUAUGCUAUGGUUUCUAAUAAAUUAAAGGAGGAAGAAGCAAAGCAAUCAGAGGAAUCAUUAAGGACAGUCAUGUACUUAAGUUGUUGGGGUCCUAAUAAUUAGAACCAUUAUUGUUGUAAUUCAUAUGUAAAUUUUGAUAAAUGGAAGUUUAAGAAAAUUCAAAA